GCUCCUUUCAAGCAUUCAAUUACAACCAUCUUCUGUCAAAUUCACAAGCGAAGAAGAUGGAGAAAUCAACGGCAGAUUCACGGAGCAACAGAGCAGCUGUUCAAGCAACUAAUGACGAUGCUUCCGCUAGCAAGUUGUCUUGUGUCAAGAAAGGAUAUAUCAAAGAUGACUAUGUACAUUUGUUUGUACGGAGGCCCGUGAGAAGAUCUCCGAUAAUAAAUCGUGGUUAUUUUGCCCGUUGGGCUACUUUCCGGAAGUUUCUGCAUCAAUUUUUGGAUAGCGAAGCAAAAUCAAGCGACAGUCCCGUCAAAAAGCAGAUUUUAUCACUGGGAGCGGGGUUUGAUACAACAUAUUUUCAGUUGCAGGAUGAAGGGAGGGCCCCACAUUUGUACGUUGAACUGGAUUUCAAGGAGGUGACCUGUAAAAAGGCAACCAUUAUCGAAAAUUCUCCGCAGUUAAGAGGAAAAAUCAGUGAGCCCGCAACAAUUUGUCAAGAGAAAGGAGAAGUAAUCAGCGAUCGUUACAAACUUCUUCCAAUUGAUUUGAGAGAUAUACAAAGUUUAAACGACCUCAUUAUAACUCAUAUGGAUCCAAGCUUGCCAACAUUUAUAGUCGCAGAAUGCGUGUUAAUAUACUUGGAUCCCGACUCAAGCAAUGCUAUCGUUGAAUGGGCUUCUAGAACAUUUCCUACAUCAGUAUUCUUUUUAUACGAGCAGAUUAAUCCGCAUGAUGCUUUUGGGCAGCAAAUGAUCAGAAAUUUGGAGAGUCGAGGCUGUGGGUUAUUAGGCAUUUACGCUACACCAACGUUGCUUGCAAAGGAAAACCUUUUCCUCGACCGAGGUUGGCAGAGAGCUGUUGCAUGGGACAUGCUGAAGAUAUAUACGAGCUUCAUUGAACCUCAAGAACGACAAAGGAUUGAACGGCUGGAAUUGUUCGAUGAGUUUGAAGAAUGGUAUAUGAUGCAGGAGCACUACUGUGUGGCUUGUGCAAUCAACGAUGCCAUGGGCAUGUUUGAGAAUUUUGGUUUCCCUAAAGACCAGCCUGUGACUGGUGCCUCUACAUCAGGAUCCCCAUGAGAAGCCAUAAGUUAUGCUAAUGUUAUAUCAAGAUUGGAGAAAUGAUAACUUACAUUACAACACAUGUCAUGUGACUGGCACAUGGUGGUACCCAAUAACUAACUACCAAAGUCCCCAAAAUGGGAAAAGCUUUAUUAGUUUAUAUUUGUGUGGUUGAUUGAUGAAUCUUGUGGAUAAUGCUUGGUUGGUUGUUUUGAAUUUUGAUUUGAGUAUCUCAAGAAAUAUGAUUGUUUUGCUUUUCUUUU